AUGGCGGCGCCCACGCACUCCCAGCGACCCCCGGUCUGCGGGGGAUCCGCACGUCGCCGCAAGACUGAGCAAGCUACAGCAACAGUGACAAUUACGGCAACAGCAACAACUCCGCUCGAACCCGCUUCCAACGGCCAUGUACAACACGAAGCCAAAACCGCCCGGCCACGGAAGAAGCCGCGCUCACUCCUGCGACGCCUGAAAAGGCGCGCGAUCAAGCAUACAUGGUCAAUCCCACUGCUCCUCCUCGUGGCAUUCGCCUCCCUCUACACCCUCGACCCAACCGACACCAACAUAAUCCACCACUUCAUCUUCCUCUCCUACCGGCAGGACCCUGCCCCCGGAACCCCAGGGCCCGCCCAAUACGGCAAAGGCCUCUGGGACAUCGCCUUCGUCUCCUUCUACACAAUCGUCCUAACAUUCACCCGCGAAUUCAUCAUGCAAGAACUCCUACACCCACUCGCGCGCGCAUGCGGCAUAAAAUCCCGCGCCAAACAACUGCGCUUCAUGGAGCAGAUGUACACGGCGAUAUACUUUGGUAUCUCAGGUCCGGUCGGGUUGUAUGUUAUGCGGCGCACGCCGGUGUGGUAUUUUAAUACACGGGGUAUGUAUGAGAUGUUUCCGCAUCGGACGCAUGAGGCGGUGUUUAAGUUUUAUUAUCUUUUUGAGGCGGCGUAUUGGGCGCAGCAGGCGCUUGUUAUGGUGUUGGGGAUGGAGAAGCCGAGGAAGGAUUAUAAAGAGUUGGUUGCGCAUCAUAUUGUUACUUUGGCGUUGAUUGGGUUGAGUUAUCGGUUUCAUUUUACGUAUAUUGGGAUUGCGGUGUAUAUUACGCAUGAUAUUAGUGAUUUUUUCCUUGCGGUCUCCAAAUCCUUUCACUACAUCGACUUUCCCCUCGUCAUCCCCUUCUACGCCCUCAACGUCGGAACAUGGAUCUACCUCCGACACUACCUAAACCUCCGCAUCCUCUGGUCCCUCCUAACCGAAUUCCGCACCGUGGGCCCCUACGAACUAAACUGGGAAACGCAGCAGUAUAAAUGCUGGAUCUCGAAUAUCAUCACAUUCGCCUUGCUGGCCAUGCUGCAGAGUUUGAAUCUGUUUUGGCUGUAUUGUCUGCUGCGCAGUGCGUGGAGGUUUAUUUCAACAGGGGAGAAGAAGGAUGAUCGGUCGGAGGAUGAGGAGGAGGGGGAGGGUGAGGGGGGUUUGAAUGGGAAUGCUAAGGUGAAUGGGAGUGGGAACGGGGUGGCUAAGGCUCAUUGA